GCCAGUGGCCUUGCAGGAGCACGACGAGCACAAUGGUAGACUACAAAUCCCUGGUUGCGUUCGUCACCGUCUUCAUUCUAUCGGACUAUUUCGCGCCCGCCGCCCUCAGCACGAUCCUGGGAAGACUGCUUGUUACGGGUGUAGUAACUGUAGUUAUACCGUACGUUUUUUCGUCCCAACUUAGGAGCCAGGAGAAGGUCAGCGCAACUGGCAAGGCAGUGUUUAUUACAGGUUGUGACACGGGCUUUGGACAUGAGCUAGCAAUAAAGUUAGACAAGCUUGGCUUCCAUGUAUUCGCGGGCUGCCUCCUGCCUGAGAAGGAGGGCGCCACCAGUCUUAGACAAACAUGCUCGAACAAACUACAGGUUGUUCAUGUAGAUGUAACAAGUGAACAGCUCGUCAACGAGGCGCUGACCGCUGUCCAGCAGGCAUUAAAUGGAAAUGAGCUAUGGGCGAUAGUGAACAACGCAGGCAUAGCGGUGAUAUCGGAGGUCGAGUUGUGCCCGAUGGACUGGUAUGACCGCAUGAUGGCCGUUAACACGAUGGGAACGGUGCGUGUCACCAAGGCCUUUCUCCCACUGCUGCGUGAGUCCGCCGGCCGCAUUGUCAUCGUCGCCAGUGUUGCAGGGCGCAUGACUUACGCUGGUUUCAGCGCUUAUUCAAUGUCUAAGCACGCAGUUAUAUCCUUUGCCAAUGCGCUGAGGGUGGAGAUGAAGAAGUGGGGCAUAUCGGUACACACCAUUGAACCUAGUCUGUACAGAACACCGAUCACCAGCAUAACAGACAUCAAGUCUUUAGCUGAGCAUUUGUGGAAGGAGACUCCGGCCAGCAUACGCGAGGCCUAUGGAGAAGACUACUACCAGGCCUACAAUCAGGUCUUCUCGAAUAUUCAAUCGUACACCAGUAACAAUGUCUAUGAGGUCAUUGAGGACAUGAUGCACGCGGUGACUGCCAAGGACACACAGAGCCGCUAUAUGCCGAGCGCACUUAUCAGAUUGCGCAUUGCAAUCGCCCUGAACCUGCCCGACUCCUGGCUGGACAAGAUCACUAUGAAAAUGGUAAGCCCAAAGUGCGCAGUUGCAUUCAAAAAGGGACACCGGCAGGUUCCAUCGUCGGGUUAACACUCUGCAGAAUAGCACUGCUGCAUCUGAGACCAGAACGAAGUGCAGUAAAUAGUAACUUCAAAGACUCAGAAUUUAUAUAAACGUGAUCGUUUGAUCAAUACUUAAAUCUGGUUAGCCUUGUUGAACUAAGUUUCUGUGGUUGCCUAUGGUCGUGAAAACCAAUAGUUAUAUGGUAGCUUUUUCAGAGUGGUGAUGCAUACCGUAGAUCAAAUAUAUAUGGAAGACAUUAAUUAUUAUUAGUAGUACAAAAUAUAGAUAUAAUAUAACAAUUAACAUAUAUAAUAUAAAAUAUUGCAUGAUGAUAAAUCAUUUUGUAUUCUUAGAGGAAGUGUUAGAUUGUCACCUUACCUCUGAUUUAAAUUCUUAGCUAAGAAAUUGUAAUAGUAAACAAUGUAAUUUGAAUUUUGUCAAAAUAUAUGGAAUUAAAGAAAAA